UUUCCGAAGGACCUUGCGCUUAACAGGGAUGGUAUUCAAGUGUAUAUUGAAGAUUUUUCUGACGAGUCUGAAGCAACGUCAACUGCGACGGAGCAAAGCAUUGAACACUAUGGUGAUGCUUCGAAAAACACUUGCUUCGGGGGCACGCUGGGACGCUUCCUGCUCAGCCGUUUUUUCGGUUACGACGACAUAAUGAUGUCGAGCAUCAGGUCGUUCGCCGACGACGAAGAGGGCAAAGGUAGCGAUGAAAGGUUCGGUUGUGGCUGCUUGUUGCUGAUGGUCCGUCUUGUGUGUUUAGGCUACGUGCGAAAUCUAGUUACCGGUCGGCAUUAUCGAUUCGUAGUCAUGUGGAUGACCGGCGUUUACUACUUGCUUGGCUUUUCAGUUAUGAUUGUUUUCACGUUUCUCAUCUCGACUUUGGUGCGCUUCUUUUAUAAUCAGGUUUUUCUAUGCAUGCUGCAACUGUCGCAGAUGUUCGUGAUGAAUCGUGUAAUCAUGAUCCCCGUCGCUCCUUUGCUGACCGCGGUACUCGCUUUGAUUGGUAUGAGAGCUAUUUUGGUUGAGUUCUUCAAUGACAGUAGUACGGCAGUUUUUGUGAUGGCACUGGUAUGGCUGGCUGACCAGUACGACUCCUUGUGCUGCCGUUCAUCCAUCAGCAAACGGUUUUGGCCAAGGUUUUUCUUUUUGUAUCAUUUCACGUUUUACGCCUACUACUAUCGUUUCAAUGGCCAUUACAGUGGAUUGGCCCUUUUAACGUCGUGGUUAUUCAUUCAGGUCGGUGUUUCAUGUUUUUUUCUGAUCAGGACUGAAAUUACAAAGUCGUUUAAUGUUAUUGAAAUGAUGCACAACCCAUGUGUGGUAACCUUCGUUUUCAUACAUAUGCUUUUGUCUUAUUGCAUCGAAGAAGCUGUCGGGUGCCUUUCAAGUAUUCCACUUAGAUCAAAUAAAUGAGU